CUUGUAUAUAAACAUUUCCCCAUCAUUCCCGGUUCGACUAGUAAUCGUUAUCGAACGCCUGUGCCUAGCGUUACGCGUAUCGUGUUUAGCGGUGUCUAGUGUGCAUCACGCAUCAACCAAAAACGAUGGCGACUUCCUGGAUAUCGGCCAGUGUACAUGGACCGUACCCACCACAUAUGGUGCCCGGCGGUGUGGAUAGUGAUGGUGCGCAAAUUUUCGUCGGCCGCGCACAUCACGCCGGUGAUCUGUUACCUGCCAAAGUGCUGCCGGACAAGAGUGCCGCAUACGUGGCGUACGGUGGCCAGGAAACGUUGGUCGACCACGUCGAGGUAUUGGUCCACAAGCAACUGAUCUGGGAUACGGCUUCGUCCGGUUCGGUACCACUCGGUGCCAUCGUCGGUGGACAUACGUCCGAUGGUGAAACGUUGUACAUUGGCCGCACCUAUCACGAGGGUUCGCAAACGAUCGGUAAGGUGCAGUGUUCGCACAACUGCAUCUACAUCCCGUACGGCGGUGCGGAAGUGUCCGUACCUACCUACGAAGUACUGUGCGAACGGUGUUAUUCUCAUUAUGGAUUUCAUCCCGAUUACUUGUCUAAUCCAUCGGGCUUAUCGUACGACACGACCGAACCGUCGGCACCGUCAGCUUUGGUUGGUCGUCGAAAAUCCAGCUCAUCUACCGAUUCUUCUUCCCGCUCCCCGUCCAUGUCCGGAACAGUUAAGCUGCAGGGAUAUGGGGCGGUAUCGAAUGAAAUCGCUGGCUGUUGGCAACACUGCAAUGUUAGUGGACCAUUCCCACCAAAUAUGGUGCGCGCCGGUAUAGAUUGCGACGGUGAGGUGAUCUACGUUGGACGAGCAUUUCACGAGGGCGAUAUGGUUCCGGCAAAGGUGAUCCCCACCAAGAAUGUCGCGUUUGUCUGUCACGGUGGCGAGGAGGUGCUGAAGGAGGACUUUGAAGUACUGCGGUACGGUGCAUUUGUGUGGGAGUACGCAUCGAACGGUUCGGUACCGGAAACGGCCAUGAGGAUUGGUCAAACAACUGACGGGGAACCGCUGUAUAUGGGACGAGCAAUCUAUAGCGGUUCGCAAACACCCGGAAAGGUACAUCCGUCGCACGGUUGCUGCUAUUUGCCGUUUGAUGGAGCAGAAGUUAGUGUUACCGAUUAUGAAGUGCUGUGCGUUCGAUAAGCUGAAAAGAUUGAAAUGUGAUUUAGUCGGUUUUGAUACGAGAAUUGCGUGGUAAUAAAUCGAAGAGCGAGUA